AGAAUAAAAUCAAAUAGAGAAAACACAAAGAGGAACCAAAUAACAAGAACAAGAGCUGAGAUUAACAUGAUAUUGCAAAACGAUGGGUGGGUGGGAAAAAAGGACUAGCAUUAUGGAAAUGCGAGAUGACAUCAGAAAUUAAACAAGAGCUGCAAGGCAUAUUUUCAUUAACGUUGAAAAAACCCUUAUCAGUAGUCUAAAUGGUCGUGCGUGCACGUGUAUCAGUACGUCUUGUGUGUUAGAAUGGAAAAGUGCAUUGACUUUGUACAUCGAACCUAGUCGAAUUUGACCAUCAUCAUCAUCAUCGAUGUAGCCAUAUUGUUGCCUUGAAAUGGAAUGGAAAAGUGCAUUGACUUUGUACAUCGAAUCUAGUCGAAUUUGACCAUCAUCAUCAUCAUCAUCAUCAUCAUCAUCAUCAUCAUCAUCAUCAUCGAUGUAGCCAUAUUGUUGCCUUGAAUAGGCACAUAGAAAAAAAAAGAAAAAAAGGAAAAGGCAACUGACGGCAUAUCCCACAAGACAACUGUACGUAGUCCAAAGGAACACGGACGUUUACAAAAGUUGAUGACAGGAGGUUAAAAACAAGCGACAUGUACACAAGCCACAGGAGGUCAAAAACAAGCAAUCUGUACUCAGUCCAUAGGAGUUUUUGUGUACACAGUUCAUAAGAGGUUAAAAACGUGUACUGCGUCCAUAGGAGGCUAACAACAAGCAUCACUUUGGUGUUGAUUGAGAAUAAUGACGAAAUUUAUGUUUGACGUCAUUCCAUGUCACAAAGUGCGUUAAUUGAUGACGUCAGUCGACUCAUGGUAACUUCCGGUGGUGAAGACACUAACCUGUAAGAACAUGACCUGAUGUACAACAACAUUGUGGUGAAGACAUUAAUCUGUAAGAACAUGACAUCAGUUACAACAACAGAGUUUACAAUUAGACGGACAACAGUCAAAGUCACUCCUUAACCGAGCCCUGGGUUCUCCUAUGAAACGUCUGUAAAUUUGUCUGCUUACUGAACUUACUCAGACCAAACUCAGGUGCUUCGACAGGGCGUGACGGACACGCAUCAGACAUGACAGAUCAGCCAACUAGUUCCGGUGUAAAUGAAGGCGAGGCUCGCCAUCGUCCAAGUGGCACCGCUGGACGGAGAAUCAGUGAAGUUGCCCCUUCUGCGCCUCUCUCUGACUCGUACGCGGCGCCCUUCAGCAGCACGCGCCGUAAGGUAGAUCUACCCAGCCACAGGCGCCCGAGCUUACUGCCACGUAAGGCCGUCCAGCGUGAGACAGACCAAAAGAAUCUGGCCACCGGCUUUCAAGGAAGUCCAAGCAAGGACGAGCGGGGCUAUUCGGGCUUCUUACAACCAACACAAUCCCACAGUCGCCUUCACCAACCGAUGUGCACUCCAAUGUCCUCUUUUCCCAUCACAGAUAGUUCGUGUGUGCAUGCUCAGAAGGGAGAUUCUCACCCCCAAUCAAACUACGUCCGGGGUGUCAAUAACAUUAACGAUGACCAGUCAUCGUGCAAAGAUUCAUCUCUUAUGACCAGUCACGGUUUCUCACUCCCAAUAACAGAGGCUGUAUCAUCCAAAUGUCACAGUUUCAAAAACAAGACCACAACCACCUUCCUAGUGGGAACUGCCCCCAGAAAGGAGCAAGCACGGACCUGUGACUUGGUGUCUCCAGCAACUACACGAGUCGCAGGCAAACUGUCAACCUCAGUCCAGGAAGUGGCUGGCAAAAAGAAAUUGCUGUUAGUGGCUGCCACAGACAAGACAGCAGCAAAAUAUGGCAUGAAAACAAAGCAUUUAAGUUCGGAACCCGCUGCCGUCAGCAACACCCGUGCCGGAACCGAUAGGUACACGGCUCUAGAAUCUCAGGGUUUCCUCAUUGAAAACAACCUGGGCCAGGGCUCCUACGCUGUAGUCAAGGCGGCACUCGACUUCAACCGCAACCGACGCGUCGCUGUUAAGAUUGUGUCCAAGCGGCGCUGCCCAAAAGAUUAUUUAUCCAAGUUCCUUCCCCGAGAGCUGGAGAUGUUGCGUUCGCUUAAACAUCCCAAUCUGAUCCGAUGUUUCACUAUCAUGGAGACGACAUCGCGAUUCUUCGUCAUCAUGGAGUUUGCCGAGCGCGGAGACCUGCUGGAAACCAUUCGCCGAGACAAGCGUCUGGACGAGGCUCGGGCUGGCAGGUACUUCUACGACGCUAUUCAAGGCCUAACCUAUAUGCACAACAAGAGCGUUGCUCAUAGAGACCUCAAGUGCGAAAACCUUCUCAUCGAUGGGUGUGAUCACAUCCGAAUCACAGACUUUGGUUUCGCCAGGAAGGUGGCUGGGAGAGGUUUGAAAGUCGAGAUGAGCUCUACCUUCUGCGGAAGCUUUGCCUAUGCAGCACCCGAGAUCCUGAAAGGUCGACCUUACAACCCCUAUCUGUCCGACAUCUGGAGCAUGGGCAUCGUCCUCUUCACCAUGGUUGUUGGAAAGCUCCCUUUCGAUGACCGAGAUCACAAGCAUUUGAUGAAACUCGUGGAAGAGCCACCCGUUUUCCCAGAAAGAGAGAGAGUCAGCGACGACCUCAAGUGGCUCGUGCACACUAUUCUGCAGCCCCUGCCAAAUCGCCCUGCUCUUGUUGACGUCAAGAGAGACGCAUGGUUUCAACAGCAUUGCUCCUCUCGAGAUGAACAAUUAUUGAUGAUGUCCAAAGAUCCACCCUGUACCAACAAUACACUACCCAUGCCCACUGAAGCCUCGAUUGCUUCUCGCACUCGAGAGAAAUGGACUUCUCUGGUGACUUCUUUUGACAAAGACAACUCGCGGCGGACAUCCUCUUUGGCGCUGGAAGUAAAAAGCAUGUCCUACGCUAUCCAAGUCGACCCCUUUGUUGACGAACCUCAAGCAUCGAUUCCACGUCUGUUGUUGACAAAAAGACCCGUUACUUAUACGAAAUGGCCAGUUGCUAGUUUGUCUCGCUCGUGUCACGAAGUUUCUGAAAGCAGAGAAUUGACUACAGCUCUUUCUCCGAAAGACCAGUCGGGACGAUCUAGUGCAAAGGGCUGGCUCAUAACGCCUUCUCUAUUGUUUACUAGCGUCCAGAUGGACCCCAAGCCUAGCCUCUCAAAAGUUAAAGAGAAAAGCAACAAUGAUAAAAAUACAUCCAGACUGUUAAAGGUCAAAGAAAGAGACUAUCCCGAUAAGAAGACGAGUAAGGAGUGUAUUGAGCGACCUACGGAGUGUUGUUCAGAAGAAGAGUAUGUUGAUGGGUCGCGUCCUUUGUCGUGGGAGACACCUGUUCCUGAUUUUUUUUGCGGCGGCCAGUGUUUGCCUUUGUCCCUCUUGGGCUGCAACAAGAAAAGAUCCCAUAAGGUGUCUGCAAGUAGCCCAGACACCCAUCUGCAUUCUCAGGCCUUACUAUUCGAUAGUUGAAAGCGUCUAGCGCGCUACCAAUAGAGCUUACAAGAGAAUUCAGAGACUAUCUCGUUAAGUAGGUCUUUCCAAGAAGGCCCAAGUACGAAAUGGUGGUCUAGGUUCUUAAUAGCCAUGACAGGAUGAUUCAGUGUGUGUAUUGUCAAUAUAUAUAUAUAUACACCAGAAGCAAGUGUCAUUAUUUAAACAUACAUCAGCGAUUCAUUUGUAUAAGUAGAUAUAAAGAAAAUAGUCUUACGUGUCGCUCUCUAGACAUACCGCACCAGGGAAGAACUAAUUAUUUUUUUACAGAUCUGUUGCACCAGAAUGUUAUAUUGUACCACGCAUGAUAUAUUAAACAACAACAAAGCGCAGUACGAAUGGUGUACUGUACCACUAGUGAUGAUAUACUGCACUAUAUGUGGCGAUAUACUGUACUUGUGAUGAUGUACCGAUUGCGACGAUUGCUGUACAAUUAGUGAUGAUAUGCUGCACUUUGAGUGAUCUAUUGUACCACGAAUAAAUAUUGCACAUCGAAUGAACUCUUUCGCCACGAUUUAUUUAUUGUACCGCGAAUGAACUAUUGCACCAUCAGGGAUAUACUUCACUACUAAUGAUGAUAUAUUGCUCUACAGAUGAUUACCAAGGCUUUCACUUCAAUACUAAAUAAAAAAAAAACAGUACAAGUGGCCGGAAGAAAAAAAAAACCAAAUAAUGCGAAGAACAGGCUGGUUUCAGGCAAGGAUACUCAACAGUAGAUCCCGUAUAUACAAUGGUAUCAAUAAUACAAAUGUGUUUUAAAGGUAUAAUAAAGGCUUUUAUGGCGGUGAUAAGGCUGUGGCGACGUUCAAAAAAAAAAGUUUGAAAAUUAUAUUUAGUUACGAUUGCAGCGCAAUGCAGAAGAAAUAAAAGAUUCUUUCCUCACUUCAUUAACACUAGCUCGGCUGCCAAUGUUUUUCAAAAAAAUCGAAAAAAUUCCAGUGACAUCGACUGUUGUCGCCGAGUAACCGCGAUAUCUUCCCCGGACGGUUAGCAGCCGAACUUGCGUGUGACGUCAGAAAGGGAGAGGAAGUGUCGGUCAUUGCUAGGAUUUGAACUCAAGUGGUGUGUCGUUAGUUGGAUUAGUGAUAUAUAUCAGUGAUAACCAUCAAGAUGCCUAUGAGCAAUGUCCAACCAUAUCAUUGCAUCAGCUGACUCUGGGAUCGUGUUGAUGUCACCGGAGGAGAGACUUCACUGAAGCAAACGA